AUCCAGAGCAGGAGGGGCAAGGCGGACAGCCGCUCAUCCACCGGUAUCAUGGCUUCCUAACCGGUGGGGGAAGUGACUGAGAGGAAAACAAGGACUUUUCUCUGUUGAAUGCCCGAAUUACCACUGCCCUUUCCAGAACCCGAGAUUUAGGACAGAGGGGUUCGGCCUCCCGACUCUCCGCCACCGGCCGCCCCUGGGAUCCAGGCACUUACUUUAGUUUUCGUAUCGGUGAAUUUCCAUUCGUAAACCGUGGAAGAUGGCCGACCCGGCGGAGUGCACCAUCAAAGUGAUGUGCCGUUUCAGGCCCCUGAACAGCUCCGAGGUUACCAGAGGCGACAGAUACAUUCCCAAGUUUCAAGGGGAAGAUACUGUCGUUAUCGCGGGUAAACCCUACAUGUUUGACAGAGUGUUUCAGUCAAAUACAACACAAGAACAAGUCUACAACGCUUGUGCCCAAAAGAUUGUAAAAGAUGUUCUUGAGGGAUACAAUGGGACAAUUUUUGCUUAUGGACAGACGUCAUCUGGGAAAACACACACCAUGGAGGGGAAUCUCCAUGACACAGACUCAAUGGGCAUCAUCCCCAGGAUAGUACAGGAUAUCUUCAACUACAUAUAUUCCAUGGAUGAAAACCUGGAGUUUCAUAUUAAAGUUUCAUAUUUUGAAAUCUACUUAGACAAAAUCCGAGACCUUUUGGAUGUGUCGAAGACCAAUUUAUCAGUGCAUGAAGAUAAAAACAGAGUACCCUAUGUCAAGGGCUGUACUGAGAGGUUCGUGUGCAGCCCAGAGGAAGUCAUGGACACGAUUGAUGAAGGCAAAUCUAACAGACAUGUAGCAGUCACAAACAUGAACGAGCACAGCUCCAGGAGUCACAGCAUCUUCCUGAUAAACGUUAAGCAGGAGAACACUCAGACGGAGCAGAAGCUCAGUGGGAAACUCUACCUGGUGGAUCUGGCUGGUAGUGAAAAGGUUAGUAAAACCGGUGCAGAGGGAGCCGUGCUUGAUGAAGCCAAGAACAUCAACAAGUCUCUGUCAUCUCUGGGAAACGUCAUCUCUGCGUUGGCUGAAGGAACGGCCUACAUUCCUUACCGAGACAGCAAGAUGACCCGUAUCCUGCAGGACUCUCUGGGUGGUAACUGUCGAACCACCAUAGUGAUCUGCUGCUCACCUUCUUCCUAUAAUGAGGCUGAAACCAAAUCUACAUUGAUGUUUGGACAAAGAGCGAAGACUAUUAAGAACACGGUGACGGUGAACAUCGAGCUGACGGCAGAGCAGUGGAAGCAGAAAUACGAGAGGGAGAAGGAGAAGAACAAAACUCUGAGGAACACCAUCACCUGGCUGGAGAACGAGCUCAACCGCUGGAGAAACGGAGAGAGCGUUCCCGUGGAGGAGCAGUUCGACAAAGAGAAGGCCAACGCUGAGGUGCUGGCUCUGGACAACAUCAUCAACGAAAAGUCGGCCUCUACACCCAACGUGCCCGGCGUUCGUCUCACCGACGUAGAAAAGGACAAGUGUGAGGCGGAGCUGACGAAGCUUUACAAACAGCUGGACGAUAAGGAUGAAGAAAUCAACCAGCAGAGCCAGCUGGCGGAGAAGCUGAAGCAGCAGAUGCUCGACCAGGAGGAGCUGCUGGCUUCCUCCCGGAGGGAUCACGAGAACCUGCAGGCGGAGCUCAACCGCCUUCAGACGGAGAACGAGGCCUCCAAGGAGGAGGUGAAGGAGGUGCUGCAGGCCCUGGAGGAGCUGGCUGUCAACUACGACCAGAAGAGCCAGGAGGUGGAGGACAAGACCAAGGAGUUUGAGUCCAUCAGUGAGGAGCUCAGCCAAAAAUCUUCCAUCUUGUCCUCUCUGGACUCUGAGCUCCAGAAGCUGAAGGAAAUGUCCAAUCACCAGAAGAAGAGAGUGACUGAGAUGAUGUCAUCUCUGCUCAAAGAUUUGGCUGAAAUUGGAAUAGCUGUGGGCAGCAAUGACAUCAAGCAACACGAGGGCGGCAGCGGCCUGAUAGAUGAGGAGUUCACAGUGGCUCGUCUCUACAUCAGCAAGCUGAAGUCGGAGGUGAAGACGAUGGUGAAGCGCUGCAAGCAGCUGGAGGGUAUCCAGUCUGAGAGCAACAAGAAGAUGGAUGAGAACGAGAAAGAACUGGCUGCCUGUCAGCUGCGCAUCUCGCAGCAUGAGGCUAAAAUCAAGUCCCUGACUGAGUAUCUUCAGAAUGUGGAGCAGAAGAAGAGGCAGCUGGAGGAGAACGUCGACUCGCUCAAUGAGGAGCUUGUGAAGCUCAGCGCUCAGGAGAAAGUUCAUGCAAUGGAGAAGGAAAAUGAGAUCCAGACUGCUAAUGAAGUUAAGGAAGCGGUGGAAAAGCAGAUUCACUCCCACCGUGAAGCCCACCAGAAACAGAUCAGCAGCCUGAGAGACGAGCUGGACAACAAGGAGAAACUCAUCACCGAGAUGCAGGACAUGAACCAGAAGAUCAUGCUGGAGCAGGAGAGGCUCAAAGUGGAGCACGAGAAGCUGAAGUCUACCGACCAGGAGAAGAGCCGCAAGCUGCACGAGCUCACGGUGAUGCAGGACAGACGGGAGCAGGCCAGACAGGACCUGAAGGGGCUUGAAGAGACAGUGGCAAAAGAGCUGCAGACUCUCCAUAACCUGAGGAAACUCUUUGUUCAGGAUUUGGCCACCAGAGUGAAGAAGAGUGCUGAGAUGGACUCUGAUGACACAGGAGGCAGCGCGGCACAAAAACAGAAAAUCUCCUUUCUUGAGAACAAUCUUGAGCAACUCACCAAGGUUCACAAACAGCUGGUUCGUGAUAAUGCAGACCUGCGCUGUGAGCUUCCAAAACUGGAAAAACGUCUUCGCGCUACGGCUGAGCGGGUCAAGGCGUUGGAAUCUGCACUGAAGGAGGCCAAGGAGAACGCCGCACGCGACCGCAAGCGCUACCAGCAGGAGGUGGACCGCAUCAAGGAAGCCGUCCGGGCCAAGAACAUGGCCCGGAGGGGACACUCGGCCCAGAUCGCCAAACCCAUCCGGCCCGGACAGCCGCCAGUUGCAUCUCCAACCCACCCCAACAUCAACCGCAGUGCAGGCGGAUUCUACCAGAACAGUCAGCCGGUGGCCAUCAGGGGAGGAGGCAGCAAGCCGGACAAGAACUGAAGAGCCGCAGAACAGAAGAAUGACACCACAGAAGAAGAGCAACGUCACCCACCUGCCCACCCACCCGACAACCUGUCAUUCCAUUACAGCAAACUGGCGCCGCUGCAGAGCCACGAAGGAGUUUCGGAUUUAUAAAUAUAUAUAUAUAAAUAUUCCCGGCCUGUACAGCUCCCCAAACACUUCCACCCACCCCUCACUCCUCCAGUUCUCAAUAUGAAUAUCUCUCUUUCUCUUAUGGGAUAUAAUAAUUUAAAUAAAUGGAAAGAAACAGCAAUUUUAAUUUACAAGAAGCAGGAUAAUAUUCUUAUUCAGCAAACCAAACGGAUUCUCGAGCGCAGCCUUUUUUGUUUGUUUUUUGUUUUUUUUGAAGUUUUGUUUGGCGAGCGAAACCGUGCACGAUCUCGAAUGUUUAGCUUCGGUUUCGUUUUUGUUUUGCACAGUCUGUCGUCACCCGUCGUCUUUGUGCGAGUAGUUCUGCACUGUGCCAAGCUGAAUGUAAACGGUAGCAAGAAAACAAACUCCUAAAAAAGAAAAAAAAAGACCAAAAAAAAGAAGAAAAGAGCUCGACGUUAUAGGCUAACUUCUGUACAUUUUAUUACGACUUCUGAGUUAACCACAGUUUUCUCUGUAUAGAUUUUACAUGCUUCAUAAAGGAGGAAAUUAAACUUAUUUUGCGUCAAGUAGAAGGUGUCGAACACUACUGUUUCUGUGCUUGUACAGAUGUAAAAUCGGCACUACUGCACACGUUUCCCCGGAGAGAAAACUGCAAGGAAACGGCUAAAAAAAAUUUUAAAAAGAAGGAUUUAAAAAUAAAAAAUAUAAUAAUAAUAAUGAUGAUGAAAAAUAAAGCCGUGCAACAGUUGUACUGUAGAUGUAUUUAACUAAAUACCUGUGGAGGCCAUUUGUUUUUAUCAUUAAGUUAAAUUAAAACUAUACUUGUUGGUGGCUUCGUUGGAAGGAUUUGAAAAAUGCAGAGGGAUGAAGUGGGAAAAUGAGAAUGAUCCGGUUAACACAGCAAACUUCCACCCUUUUAGCUUACACAAAGUUGCUAAAUGUAAUGUUUUUAACUAAUAUAAGUGGAUAUUGUCGCUGUUAAUAGACUAUUUAUGUAUCUCGGCACACAAACUGCAGCCGAUUAGACAGAAAUUGACACUCACAAUCGUCACACAAUCGUCGUCGUCCAGGAGCUAAAAAAAAUAAUUUCUCUACAAGGGUGCCUCGCUUCUUCAAUCAUCUUCUUCCCUACUUUUUCUUCUUUUUUUUUGUAGAUGUAAGACCGGUUCUAUGCUGGGUUUUAUGUGCUGUUAUUGUUCAAUAGAUGGUGUAGAUGUUUGAUCGAUAAGUUUGGGAAAUGAGUUGAUGGAUCGGAUCCUCGCUGCUGAUCAGCCAGUCAGGAAAAGCGGGGUCAAAGGAAGGAAAAACACAAAUUGCACAUUAAUCUUAUGUCGUCACAUGGGUAAAAAAAAAGGGUUUAUUUAACUAAAACUAACCAGCGGGUGUAGGAUUUUUAUUCAGUGUUGUAUUUGUUGUAUAUUUUUUUUAUUUUAGUUUCCACCACGUUUGUUUUUUUUGUGUUAAUCCUUUAAAGCCCCAGUGCAUUGGCGAGAAAGCUGAACCCCAGCAUGAGAACACUAACACCUUGCAUAAGUGCAAUAUACUGUAAGAUACACUGUAU